UCUAAUAAAGACACUAUGUAACUCCGUUACCUUUAGACAAGACACAAAGAUUAACAUUACAGUUUUCAAAUAUGUACUUAAGGUUUCUUGUUGCAUUCUUGAUUUUUGGCAUUGUACAAACAAAUCUAUUGGACACUAGCCAACAUUUUCAAUCCCGUCAAAAACGAGCUCUAAUUUGGGGUGAUGCUGGUAUUAACUGGGUUCAGUUUAUUUUUGGAUUGGGUCUUCCCAUUGAAGUUGAACGACAUGCUAUAACAUUAGGAUCUGUAUUUAAAGCUUUUUAUUUAUUACCAACAAAUGCUUCAUCUUAUACGGAACCUGCUAUAGGAGUUGUAGCUAAACGAUCUACAUCAAGAUGGACCUUCUACGAAAUUUUAGAGAACAUGAUUGCCAGAUACAAUGAUGGAGAUGGUAAAUCCUGUAUUUUAAAAUAUAUCUGCGAAGUUUCCCAUUCGCCUAUUGAAGAACGCUCUGGAUUAUUAGCAGAAAUAGUUACUGCCAUACUAAAACCUUCAUCGACAACAGAUGAGCUACAUUAUCCAACAAAUAUGGAUUACUUUUCCGCAGAAAAACUUGGAAAACGACAGGAAAAUUGUGAUUAUCAUUAUCCAGGUUGCAACUUAAACUUUUUGCAACAAUUCUCCCGAUUUUUGAAAUAAGAUUUGUACUCAAUUUAAAUAAAAAAAAUUAACGAUA